CUCUUGCUCGAAGUCAUCCCUUUUGUUUGUGAGAAGAGUAUACCUAGCAUAGUGUCUCGGCUUCAAAACCAUGAACGCUGGUGGUCGAAAAAGUGCCCAUCAAGGAUUGCGCCGAUCGAUUGGGCCUCAAUCUGGUCGGUUGGUGGUGCAACUACAAAAUUUGCGCUCCGCAUCAUCACCAUCAUUGGGAGUGAAUAAUUGCAAUGACUCCAACUCCGCCACGCAUUUUUCUUUCAACGCUUUAUUACAACGCACACCAGCAGCCCAUCACACAUCCUCGAUUACGCAGACAAGGCAUAACCUUAGGACGCAUUCCCAGCACAGACAAACUCCUGGAGAUUUUCAGAGUGUGAGCAAACACACUGCUAGCAAUUCUCACGGUCUAGUGUUGAGUCUGCAAUUCCACCUUCAUCACAACCUCGAAGCGAGAGUUCAAAGACGGAAAAAUCAAUUCACCACACGACCGAGCCACGUACAGCCCCUUGAAGUGCGAGCCUCUUCACUAGACGCUGUGCCACCCGUAACAGCGACCCAUCGAACCCUACACUUUUCCACCCCGCGCCCACGCCUUCACACAAACCCGAGUGCAGGUCGUCGUCUGUUUCACACCUCGUCCACGAACCCACCAAGCACCAGAGACCAUUCGUCUGUGUCUCACCCUUCCGACCCUUCAAUGACAUCGGAUUCCUCCUCCCCUUCGACGUCCGCGCCGGCGCAACACAAACCUCUGGUCGUCGGACGGACAAAACCUCAACCCGAAACCAACUCUAGCACAUCCUCCCCCAAGACGACAAUGGACUCGUCCUCUCCCGCCGACAAAGGGGUCCCCGCGGACGUCAAGGCAGGACUCAACCACGAAAUCGCCGAGAAUGUCAAAUCCAACACGGUCGAAGCCGCCCCCGCGGACCCUUCUUCCACCGCAACGGCAGCAGCAGGAGGAGGCUCGAACAAGAAGAAGGAGAAGGCAGCCAAACAGCCCAAACAGCCCAAACCGGCCGCAGCGCCCGCCGCACCUUUAUCCCCGGCCCUCAUCGACCUGCGGGUCGGCCACAUCCUCCGGGCCAUCGCCCACCCGAACGCCGACAGUCUGUACGUCUCGACGAUAGCCAUGGGCGACCCCGAGGGUACCGACCACACCAGCGUCGACGAGGAGACGGGAAAGGUCGUGCGUACUGUCUGCUCGGGCCUCAACGGUCUGGUUCCGCUCGAGGAGAUGCAGAACCGUAAAGUCGUCGUCGUCGCCAACCUGAAACCCGUCAACAUGCGUAGCAUCAAGUCGGCGGCCAUGGUCCUCGCGGCGUCCCCCGCCCCGGAAGAAGGUGCGGACCCCCAUGCCCCCGACCGCGUCGUCGAGCUCGUCAACCCUCCCGAGGGCGCCGAGGCAGGAGAACCCGUCUUCUUCGAGGGUUGGCCGUACGGCGAGGGUCGUGGCCCCGAGAAACAACUCAACCCGAAGAAGAAGCAGUGGGAGGCCAUCCAACCAGGCUUCUUCACGACUGACGACUUGCUCGUGGGGUUCGACGCCUCAAAGACCGAGAUUGAUGGGUCCGAAAAGGGUCAUUUGAUAGUCGAGGGUAAAGGAAAGUGUACGGUCAAGACCUUGAAGGGUGCCGUUGUGCGAUAAAAAAAAAGAUUCUGUCACCCUACCUACGUCUGACGAGAAAAGUGACGAGAAAAG